AUGUGGCAGAACUUCCAGGAGGAGAUGGCCUCGCAGCCCGAGUGCGCCCCCUGGCUGGCGUGGAGUUUGGAGCAGGUGAGCGUCACGCUGGGCCGCCGCUUCCCCGGGCACCACGUGUGGGUGGUGCGCGCCUCGCGCAUGUACCUGCACAAGUUCAGCGGCUACCGCCACUUUGUGGACAGCAACAUGUUCGGCGCCCCGCAACACGCCCCGUACUCGCCCGACGGCGGAGCGCUGCGCCACCUCAGGUCCCUGCUGGUCCACGGGAUGGAGCGAGCCGGCCUGCCAAACGCCAUCCGAGCUCCAGGCGACGGCGGUGGCACACACGCCGGGUUCUCCCUGACCCUGGUGGGCUUCAGUAAAGGCUGCGUGGUCCUCAACCAGGUGGUCCACGAGCUGGGCGGCGCCCUGGCGGAUCCGCGCAUUUCGGACUUUGCCGGAAGCCUUUCGGACAUGUUCUGGCUGGACGGCGGCCACCCGGGGGGAAGCGAGACCUGGGUGACGGACAGGAGGGUGCUGGGCCGGCUCGCCGCGAGCGGCAUCGGGAUCCACGCCCACGCGACGCCGUACGAGGUCCGAGACCCCACGCGGGCCUGGGUGGGCCGGGAGCACGCGUGUUUCGUGAAGACCCUGGAGGAGCUCGGGGCGCGUCUGUACGCUAAAGUCCACUUUGCGGAUGAACCGCCUUCCAUUGAAAACCACUUUCGGGUCAUUCGGGAAUUCUGA